AUGCAGAAAAUUUAUGCUUUCGGUUAUAAUUCCUUUCGACAAACAAACCCGGAAAGUGAUGAUGAUAUUAUAAGUAUUCCGAGCGAUAUUACAAAGGGUAUACAAUGCGAUAAUAUCAUUUGGUCUAAUAUGAGUUCAACUUUGGGCAUAAAUAACAAUGAAGGAAAGUUGAUAUAUUGGGGUUUCAAUGAUACAGAAAAUAAAGUUGUAUCACCCUCUUCAAUGAUUCACAUUUCUGCUCAAAAUUUGGUAAAAUGUUUUGGAGAUGAUGAUGGGAUUCAGGGAUAUUUAGACGUUAAUGGAAAGCUUCAUGGACGGGCUGAAAAUAUUUUUAAAUUUUCUGCAAAGUGUGUUGACGUUGAUCAAAUGUGGACCGGAAAUAAUGUAAUUGUCGUAACAGAGGAUGGAAAGUUAUGGAAAUUAAAUUUAAAAAAUAAUGAAGAACCAAAUGAAAUAAGACUCUCUGAUGAAAGCGAGAAUUUAAAUCCAUUUUUCUUAAAUGUUGUUUGUGGAGAGAACCAUUGUUUGGCGUUAACUAAAGAUGGAGAAGUGUAUAGCUGGGGAUCUGGAAGAUUUGGUCAGCUUGGGCAUGGAGAAUUAACAGAUUUAUCAGAAAAACCCACGGUAAUUGAAUUUUUUCAGGGGUUGCGAGUGAAAAAAAUUUCUUGUGGAGGGUGGCAUUCAGCUGUAAUUACUGAUUCGGGUGAUUUAUAUACUUUUGGAUGGAAUCACUUUGGGAGAUUGGGUAUUUCCUUUGAAGAGGGUUCAACAAUGAAUUGUGCUGAACCUUCGCUGGUGGAGUUCUUUGGAGAGAAUAAUGAGGAAUUGAAUGUAUUGAAAGUGGCUUGUGGGAGCGCUCAUACAGUUGUUAUUACAGGUAAAUUAAAGGGCGAAGAAAUGAUGAUUUCAGAUUAUGGAGUUGUGGAUGGGUGUAAAUCUAUCCUAAUUAUAGGAAAAUAUGGACAGCUGGGUCUAGGUGCUGAUAAGCUGAAUGAUAAUUAUAAGUUAGUUCCAAUCGAUUCGACUGAUUUAAGAGAUAAAAAAGUUUUAAAUUGUUCAUGUGGUCGUUGGAAUACUUUUCUGAUCGUAGAUUGA